CGACAUCCUCACAAAAGUUAACUUUGACGAUGGUAUAGUCUGUCACUAUUCAGCCAUCGUUGGCAGGCCACAUCUCCAAGGGCAUUGCCCUCUGCGGAAAAAAGCAGGUUCUGGCCGCAAGGAUCUCAUUUGACCUCGCAUCCAUGUUUACGGGCCGAGAUCUAAAGACUGAUCACAUGCUUUUCUUGAUCAAGGCUAUUGCGUUAUUCAAUGCAAAUGAACAUCAAGAGGCAAUGCUGCGCAUUGGAGAGCUGACCGCAAGUCCCGAUAUCGAUCCUAUUGCUUGUCGUAUUGUGGAAGCCUACCUACGCGUCCAACUGGGAAACAUUGCCUUGGAUGGCGCGCGCUACAAUGAAGCUGUUGAACACUUCACUGCGGCCGUCAAUGCUAGCGCUUUCUUUUACAAAUCGCCAAUCCAUUUGACAUACGACGAAUUUGUCGCACUCUUUGGCUGGAACCUCAAGUCCUUAUGGCAAACCGCAAACCAGCAACAGUGUUAUGCACUCUUUCGAGCAGGUAGUUUUGGAGCAGCUAUCGAAUCGUAUCAGUCUAUCAUGGAUAAGAUUGAUGACGAUAUGAAGGGCAACUUUCGUGUUUGGUUCACCGGUAAGCAUUCGGUAAUAUCUCCCUAUCUCUCCGUCCAUAAUCAUCAAUUGCACUUUACUCAGGUCUUGAGUAAGAUCAAAACGCGCUCCAUCCUUCCCAUGGAGAUGGUGCACUCACAGCGGACGGUUGUCCGUAUGAUUUGAAAAACAGAGAUCCUCGAGUAGUCUUCAUUUGUGCCGGUAGCUGUAUUGGUCAAAUAGUCCUUGGUGCUCGUAUCAUGAUAUACAGGCCCAAUUGAAUAUGUUUACUAGGGAUUCACGUUCUGUAAUUUACCAACGUGUACUGAGUACACAUUGUGAGCGGACAAGUCCUAAAUGCAUCCCUGUCCUGGACGGCAGUUUGAUAUCUGGGUUUCUUCA